GGGGGAGAGAGAGAGAGAGGGAUGAAGCAAUUCAGCCAUUUCAGCCACCGACACCUUCUAAAUUUCACAGAAGUGGAAGAGGAAGAUGAGAUCAUAUGCUCAGGUUGUGAGCUAAACCUUUCUGGCUCAGCAGCAUACAGUUGCACCAAGUCCAAUUGCAGCUUCACCAUCCACACCUCAUGUUUCGAACUCCCACAACGAAUUCGACACCGAUCUCACCCCAAACACCCUCUCAUUCUUCUCUCAUCCCCACCAUACAGCGACGGUGAGUUCACCUGUGAUGCCUGUGGUGAAUCUGGUGUUGCUUUUACAUACCAUUGCUCUACAUGCAGUUUUGAUCUUCAUGUUGGUUGUGCUUCAUUGCCUGAGAGUGAAGAUUGUGAUGAUCAUGAACACUCGCUUACUCUCUUCUAUUCUUUCCCAAAAGAAGAGCAAGACUCCAUCUUCAUCUGUGAUGUUUGUCAUUGUCCUGUUGCCAAGAACUGUUGGAUCUAUUAUUGUAAGGUCUGCAAUUAUGGAACCCAUUUGGAUUGUGUAACAGCUCAAGAAUGUCCGGAUGAAGAAUGAGAACUCGGGCCGCGUUUGACAAAUGUUUUUUUUGGUAUAAUUCCUUUUGCUUUUUUAACUUCUAAUAAAAUAUUUGACGGAUGCUCUUUUAGUAGUUUAUUUGAUUUCGUAAA